AUGGACUCAAUUGAGCAAGAGUCGGAACCGGCUUUUAGAGAGUUGGCGGCUGAGAGUUACCUGGACUCUGAAACAGAUCCACCCCUUGACUUUGACGCGACUUUCCAUGAGAGUAAGUACCAACAGCUUCUUAGGGAUCGUGAUGAGCUGCGUUUUCGAUACAAGCGUGAAAAGAGGGACAGAGAAUCUCUUGAGAUAAAGUUACAUCAAGAAUUUGACCAAAAGAUACAUUUUGAAGAAAAGUUAUCCGAAGUUUCGAGAAACCUGGCGAGUUACGAGGAAGAGCUUCAGUCACUGCGCCUUGAGAAUAGCCAUCUGAAAGCGCAGUUUAGCCAACUAAGAACAGCCAUCCAGACAAGAGUGAAUUUGGGCACCGCAGCGGUGAUGCAAAGUGGAUCGGAGAGGGCAUCUUUAGGUACUGGCGGCGGCAUCUUUCUGUCUAGUUCCUCUGCUGAAGGUUCCUUCUCGGUGAGCAAUGAGAUGUAUAAGCAAGAAGUAGCCUUACUGGCCCACGAAAACGAGCUUUUUAAGCAAAUUAUCGAUGUAAUAGAUAAACAGGACUACAGCAAAGCUAUACUUGAGGAUAGACUUUCUGGAAAUCACAACGAGAAGCAGAGGUUGCUCGAGGAGGAAGUAAUAAGGCUAGAAAGGGAGAAGUUGCUGCUGGAAGAUCGCGUGAGGGAACUGGAAAGAUUCACUCAGGAACAGGAGCGUCAUCUAGAGGAAGCAAACAACAAGGCCGAAAGUGAUUUAAGGUUAUGCAAGAGAGAGAAUAAGGUGUUAGAAAAUGAGCUUUACUCGAAGUCUACUGUUGUGGAAGACUACGAAUUUCAAAUGUCACAGAUGAAGCAGGCGUAUGAAGAAGAAAUUCAUCAGGUCGAGAUCAAGCUUGAAAUGGAGAUCAGCAGCAACAAACAACUUCAGGAACAAACUCAUCAAUUAGAGGAAAAUAUCCGUAAAAUUGAGGAAGAAAGAAAGGAAAUUCUCCUUAAAAUCGAAGAAGCCUACAAAAGUGAAAAUGAUAUUAUUGACGAAAGAAAUACCCUUCAGGAGACUUACUCACGAGAUGUCAAUGAGUUGCGUAUGAAUAUUGAAGAAGAAAUCCAAACGAAAGCGGAAUUGUCGAUGGAAAUAGAACGACUAAUGGCAGAAUUACUAGAAUCUGACAGACAAAGAAAGGAAAUGGAGGACAGAUUCUUUCGUGAAGCUCAAGAACUUAAACUUCGGUUUGAGAAGGAAAGAGAAGAAAUUGUCUCUUACGUCAAUGGAUCAGCUGUCAAUCAGUUUAUGAUUCCAACAAACUUGUUACAGCAAACGCACACCGCAUCAUCUCAACUUGUUUCCGGUGGACAGGGACAACUUUCAACGCAAGAAGAUGGAAAACAGAAACUCGAAGAAGAAAUUCGAAAGAAAGAGAGGCUCGAAAAAGAAAACAAGAAACUCCUGUACCAGAUUAAUGAAUUGCUUGAGCAAAACGUCACUAAUGGAAUGUCUACAACUCGUCUAAAGGACAGGAUGACCGCAACGUCUCAGACGUCGGGUAGCAAGCAAAAUUUGAAAGAGCUGAUGGACGAAAUAGAAGAACUGAGAGAAACCUGCCAAAUAUUGGAACAAGAAGUUAAGAAAAAGAAGGAAGUAGAAAAUAAAAACAUGGAACUGUCAGAGAAGAUCGAAGAGCUAACGUCUAAACAAGAUGAAAUGAUCCGUAAGCAGAGAGAAUUAGUGAAGGAGCUGGACAAUUCGUUGUCAUCUGUGCGGCAGGUAGAGGAUAAGAACAAGCGACUGACAGACGACGUAGGGAGUCUCUCGAGGAAAAUAAGAGAAAUGGAGGAAAACUUUAGAAAUGAAAAGGAAGACUGGAUAAGAAAUUUCAGUAAGGACAAGACGUCACAAAUAAACGAUAUCUUGAGUGAAAAGGAAAUACUCGAGAAAAAGCAUAACGAGCAGGUGAAAGUUAACAGAAACAUGGAGGCCGAGAUCAAUUCCCUGGAGACGAGGAUUUAUGACUUAGAGAGGAAUAACAAACGUCUAGAGAGGAAGAAGAGUGAAAUAACGGCUCAGCUAACGGAGGAAAUCAAUUUUGAGAGAAACAGAGCUAAAAGUGUUAAAGAGGAGCUCGACAAGAGCGUUGAGAUAUUUAAGAAGCAGACGGAGCAACUGGAGAGCACUUUGUAUGACAGGAAGAAGAAAUAUGAUGAGGAGAUCAGGACCUUGGAGGAAGAGAAACAGCGAAUCCGAAACGAGUUUGACAAUGAAAAGGAGAUGUACAGGCGGCGCUUUGAAGAGGAGAGAAAAACGAUGGAAAGAAGAAUAAAUGAAAUAGAGGAGAGAUUGAGGCAACAAAACGCGUCUCGCAACGAAUUUGUAGCAAAUCAGGUUUCUUUGACUUCUGACGAGUUUCUUGUCACCAACACCGUUAAUCAACCUGGAGUAGGUACAGCUUCUCAGCAAACAAUAAUCGAGUUAAAGAAAAAGAUAGAUACUCUUACAUCUGAGAAAAAAGAAUUGCAAGAGAACCUUUAUGAUACAGAGAGGAGGUACAGUCGAAAAUUUGAUGAUAUGGAAUGCGACAGUGAUCAGAAGAUUAAGAAAUUGAGGAGUGAGAUUGAAGAAGAGUAUAGAAUAAAAUUACAUGACUAUGAAAGACAAGUCGACAAUCUUAGGAAGAGCGAUUCGUGUCAAAGAGAUUCAAAAGAUCAGUUGGCAUAUCAAGAUGGAGUUGGAAGUAUGGCUGAUCUGGUUAAAGAUCACAAAGAUCAGAUGGACGAGUUGAGAAGGCAAAUCAAGAUUCAAUUGGACGCCUUUGAAAGUGAGAAACAAAUCUUUAAAUUGGAGCUACUAAACACUACGCGAAUUAAGGAUGGCGAGCACAAAUGUCUUCAAAACAACGUCCAAAAACUGACAGAAGAAGUGAAGAAGCUGAGACACGAAAAAGAGACCCUACUGAACAAACUUAGAAAGGAGAGAGGAAGCAACAACAGCAGAAUCAAAGAGCUGUCAGAGGCCGUGACGAAAGUUCGUGAAGAGUGCGAUGUAAGACUUCGAAAAGAAAGAGAAAGUACCCAGAAGUCCAUGAACGAACUUAGGAGGAAGCUCUCUGUUUCUGAAAACAAAACACGAAGCCUAGAGGAAAAGCAUCUGAGAGAAUUACAUCAACUGGAGGUUAAAUUCGAGUAUAAGAAAUCAGAGUUGGAACAGGAUACGACGAGCAUGGAAGGUCAGUUAAGGGAAAGUCUCCAGAUGGAAUAUCGAGUUGCUCUGGACAAAGAAAGGGAGAAAUACGAGGAGACUUUGCGCGUAUUGAGAAAAGAGAUUACAUUCCUGCAGGAGCAGCGAAAGCAGAUUCAGCUCAAGCUUUCUGAACAGGGAAUACAUAGCACCUACAGCCUACUUCUCACCAAAGACAUUCCUGCGAAUAAGGGGUCACUUUUUAAAACCGAGUGGGAUUUGGAAAUGAGAGCUUCACGUGGAAAGAUGGAAGUCACAAUCCAGGAUCUCGAGCGAGAGAUAGAAUUCUUGCGAAAAGAGAAAUACGAUUUAAAAACGAAUUACAAACAAGAAAGAGCCCAGAUGCAGGAGGAAUUUGAUAGAGAAAGGGAUCGCCUGGAGGAGAAAUACAAAAGACAAAUUGAAGAUCUUAAAAGAAAACUACAGACAACUACUUUACAUAUGAAAUCGACGAUGUUCGUGGACAAAAAAAUGGUGAGUUUAGCAUUACGCCGAUACUCUACCAGUGUAACUGAAUCUCUACAUGACAAGAACUUAACCUUAGAUGCGAAGAGAAGUUCGUUAGAGAGCCAGAUGAAUUUUCUUAAGGGGAGAAUGGAUGACAUUGAAGAACGUCAAACGCGAGCCCUCCAAUCAAAAUCAAGGAAGGCCACCAAUGUGAGGUUUUCCACAAGUCUGGAGAGAGGCCGUGAUCUUGGCCGUCAGUCUAAAAGGCUCUCGUCAUCAAUGUUAGACCUGAGCUCGAGUUCUUUACAGCAAAGGGAAAAAUCUGGAACUCCCAGAAUUGUCUCCGGUUCUCAAAAAACAGCAAGGUCGAAUCGAGAGACUAAAGAUAGCAGGUCCUUUUUGAGCCAACCACUACAUGACGUGCGAACUUUAGGGCAGGGUUCUUAUACAAGAGGUGAUCAGUACCUAGCCAGUCGUGGUCAUGGUAUUGGAGGUUCUUCUUCCACAGUAUCAACUCUCCAAGGUGGUCGUAAGUCUCGCGCACCUUCCUCGUUUUUUCAUGCGAGAUCAUUGAGUAGUGGGUUUGACGCUACACGCAGUAGCAGUCUUUUACAGCCAGAAAGUACUUUUCGCCGUGACCAGUUGUUUCUACCGUCCGUUGGAAUCUUAGGUGGCCUCUCCCAAGCAAGGGAAUUUGGGGCACUCGGGGGAUCAACGUUUGAUGGCUUUGGCAGUGUGAGUGGAUUGAAUUUAAGAUUUGGUUUUCAACGGGUGAUGUCAGGUCCAUCUGUUUAUGGCCUAGGUGUAGCAUCUGGCUUUUAUGGCGGCUUGCAUCAUUCCGCCAGUCUUGGCAACCUUCAUCAGCAACUCUCAUCACAAACUACAGAAAGUUCGUCGCGACAAGCGCCCAUGGAGAUUAGUGGUAAGGUUGACGAUAAAAAGGCGUCCGAUGACACUCCGCGUCAAGUUGUAUCUUCUGAGGAAGCCAAGGCGUUUGAAGAAAGAAACACCUCUCAUUCAACGGCUGUGCCCGAGAAUGACUCAGGUAAUGGGCACUCGCAGGAAAUCCCAUGCGUAAAUGAAUCAGCUGAUGGCGAAUCAACCGCUCUCCCUGAGAAUGACUUAGCCAUUGACCAGCCGCAGGAAAUGCCAUGUGUACUUCAACCCGCUGAGGACCAAGAAGCUGCCCAACAACAAGUGACCGGGUCACUUAUUCCACAAGCUGAAGAAAAUUCUCCAGAAAACAAAGCUCUCACACAAAGCGAGGUUUACAACAUCAUCAUGGGAAUGGCCAAGAAAUCAUGCGCUCUCGAUCCAAUUCCGACACCUUUACUUGUUAAAUCUAUCGAUGUUCUUUUACCAGUUACAACUAAAACAAUCAAUCUUUCACUUCAAAGCGGUUAUUUUCCUCCAGUAUGGAAAGAAGCUCUUGUUCUACCAAUUCUGAAAAAAGCCAAUCUUGCUCUUGUUUAUAAGAAUUACCGGCCUGUGAGUAAUCUUUCGUUCAUCUCAAAAGUAAUCGAACGAGCUGUGUUUCUACAAGUUGAUAAUUAUAUGAAGAGGAACGAUCUUUAUCCGUCUAUACAAUCUGCCUGUUGGAGGAACCACAGCACGGAAACAGCUCUUCUAAAAGUGAAAAAUGAUAUUCUACUUGACAUGAAUUCUCAGCAAACAGUCCUUCUCGUGUUAUUAGACUUAAGUGCCGCUUUCGACACAGUUGAUUACAAUGUACGUGUACGUAAGCUUCAAUUUUCGUUUGGAAUUACUGGUACACCACUUGAAUGGUUCUCUUCUUAUCUGACGGCACGUCGACAACGCAUUUCCAUCUGUGGUACCUUAUCUGAUAGUUUCGGUCUGGACUGGGCGUUCCGCAAGGUUCCCGUCUUGGUCCUUUAUUGUACAUAAUUUA